AUGUAAACCGCAAAAAUCAUAACUCUAAGCCAGACGUCUCUGUCCAAAAAUUAAACAAACAAAAACAAGUAUCUGUAAAGACCUAAUAUAUUAUUUUAUUUUGGACUGUACAUUCAAAAAUGUAUAAAAUGUCUUUCUUUUGGUAUUGCAGUCAAAAGCAAUAGAAGGAGCGCAAUCGAGAAAACAGAGAAACAGAAAAGUUUCUUUGACUCGCAGUUCACUGCUAAAAUCCUAUCUAAAGAUUUAAUUUUUUUUAAUUUCCAAUAGACUGUAUCUGUGUGCAUAGUUUUAUAGGCAAACUAGCACUGCAUGGUAUUUUUUUAGUAACGAUUUGUGAUCGAUUGGUUGGGUCUGAAACAGCAGCCGAAGUCAGGCACUUCAAGGUAGUUGCUAGUUGCCACACUUCAAAGGUGUGCACAGUAAAUUUUUCUCCUGUGCUCUGGUGUGAAACGGGAUUCAGCAUCACCUCAGGCUGCUGGUCAUGGGUUUGACCAAGCAGUACCUGCGCUAUGUUGCCAGCGCUGUUUUUGGGGUCAUUGGCAGCCAAAAAGCCAACAUCACGUAUGUGACCCUUCGAGGAGGGGAGAAGGGGCGCUAUGUGGCUGUGGCUGCAUGUGAACAUGUUUUCAUCUGGGAUGUUCGAAAAGGAGAGAAGGUCCUGAUCCUGCAGGGUCAGAAACAUGAGGUGACCUUUCUCUGCCCUUCACCUGAUGGAGUUCAUAUUGCCGUGGGUUACGAAGAUGGUGCAGUAAGAAUCUUCAGCCUGCUGAACGGUGAGAGCAACGUCUCCUUCAACGGCCACAAGUCUGCAGUCAGCGUCAUACACUAUGAUGCACUCGGGGCAAGACUUGUUACUGGCUCAAAGGACACAGAUGUGAUCGUGUGGGACAUCAUCAAUGAGUGUGGGCUGUACAGGCUGAGAGGCCAUAAAGAUGUCAUCACGCAGGCCCUGUUCCUGAGAGACAAGAACCUCCUCGUCACAUGCUCCAAAGACAGUUUUGUCAAGUGGUGGGACUUGGACACACAGCACUGCUUUAAGACUAUGGUGGGCCAUCGCAGUGAGGUUUGGGGUAUGGUGUUGCUGAGCCAGGAGAGUAGGCUGUUGACGGGCUCUGCAGACAGUGAGCUUCGAGCCUGGGACAUCAACUACCUGGAGGAGGCAAAAGCUGAGGGUGAGCCUAAGGUGAAGAAGGGAAAAACUCUGUUGGUUGAUGAUGAUGAAGAAGACGAUAAAGAAGACGUGGAUGAAAGCCUUGAAGAGCGCAUCCUAUCUUGUGAAAAGGCCGGCUCCAUCCUGAGAGAAGCUAGAGAUCGCGUCGUCUCACUGACAACAGACCGCCACGCCAGAGUCAUCGCCUGCCACGGCAACGACUCAGUCCUGGAGCUCUUCACUGUGCUGUCAGAGGAAGAAGUGCAGAAAAAAAUGACAAAGAAGCUGAAGAAAGCCAAAAAAAAGGCCACCAAAGCUCAGGAAGCUUCAGGUGAGGAGACAGAGGAGCCCGUGGUGAAGAAGAUGCUGAAGGACGAGAUCAUCAGACUAACAAACAUCAAGGCAUCUUCCAAGAUCAGGUGGGUGGACUGCCUGUCAUGUGCAGGUGGUGAGCUGAAGGUGGUUCUGCUGCUCCAGAAUAACACAGUUGAGACCUACAGCCUGAAGACCUCACACAAGACCCCCGUAGCCGAUAAAACGGCUCGCCUCACACUCGGGGGACACCGCACAGAUGUGCGCACACUGGCCUUCAGCUCAGACAACCUGGCUGUCCUCUCCGCCUCCGGAGACACCGUCAAAGUUUGGAACAGAUCCACUCUGCAGGUGAUUCGCACCAUGGCCUGCGAAUACGCCCUCUGCUCCCUCUUUGUGCCUGGAGACCGACAGAUAAUCCUGGGAACGAAGAGUGGGAAGCUGCAGAUCUUUGAGCUGGGUUCAGGAAGACGGUUGACAGUGAAGCACAAACGCACUCUGCAGUUGGAGGAAGACGUUCUCUGUGUGAAGUUUUCUCCUGACCACAGACUGCUGGCUGUCUCUUUGUUAGACUGCACAGUCAAGAUCUUCUACACAGACACACUUAAGUUCUUCUUGUCUCUGUAUGGACAUAAGCUGCCUGUACUUUGUCUGGACAUCUCACACGAUAGCACAAUUAUUGCCACUGGCUCCGCCGACAGAAACGUGAAGAUCUGGGGUUUGGAUUUUGGCGACUGUCACCGCUCCAUGUUUGCUCAUGACGACAGUGUCAUGUUCCUCCAGUUUGUUCCCAAGACUCAUCUGUUCUUCACAGCAGGGAAGGACAAGAAGAUCAAACAGUGGGACGCAGACAAGUUUGAGCACAUCCAGACACUUGAGGGCCACCAUCGGGAGGUUUGGUGUCUGGCCAUCAGCCCAAACGGUGACCACCUCGUGUCGUCAUCUCACGACAAGUCCCUGCGUCUCUGGGAGAGGACGAGGGAGCCCAUCAUCCUGGAGGAAGAAAGGGAGAUGGAGCGAGAGGCAGAGUUUGAGGAGAGCUUGGCUAAAGGAGAUGCACCUGUGGUACCGGGAGAAACACAAGGAGAGGCAGCACCUGCUGGCAAGAAGACUGUGGAGACAGUCAAAGCUGCAGAGCGAAUCAUGGAGGCUCUGGAGCUUUAUAAAGGGGAAACAAGGAAGAUGGAAGAGCACAGAUAUGCCUGUGAGAGCGCAGGCAAAGAGCUUCCUCCACCGCAACCCAACCCUAUCCUCAUGGCCUUUGGAAAUGUUUCGCCCUCCCGCUACGUUUUAGAUGUGAUAAAGAAGGUCAGAUCGAGUGAGCUGGAGGUUUCUCUGCUGGUGCUUCCUUUUCCUUAUGUCCCCGAGCUCCUGAAACUCUUCAACAGUUACAUCCAGCAGGGCCUGGAGGUGGAGCUGGUCUGCCGCUGCCUGUUUUUCCUUCUCAAGAUCCAUUUUGGUCAGAUCUCCAGUAACCAGAUGCUGCUGUCUGUCAUCGAUGAACUACGGACCAAUACACUCUCAAAAGUGCGGGAAAUCAGAGAUGUGAUGGGUUUUAACAGUGCAGCCCUGCAGUUCCUCCAGCGGGAGAUCGAGAGCAAAGAGGACAUCAUGUUCUUUGCCGACGCUACAGGUCGCCUGGAGGAGAAGAAGAAAAAGAGGAGGAAGAGGGAGAGGGCCGUCUUGACCAUUGCUUGAAUUAUAAUGAACAUUUUGGAUUGUUUUCGUAUAAACAUCCACUCUCCACCCCAUUCUGCUUUAUUCCAGGAGUGGACCAGAUGCCUCACACUGUUGCUUUUAAUAUGUUAUUAAAUCCUGAACUAAUGUAACAAAGUGUUAUUCAGUGGCAAGCUUCUUUUCCCAAAUAAACUGCGUCUGAGGUUUUCUCACA